GAGGAUAAAUAAAAUAAAGGUAUUGUGUCCAACUACUUCUAAAAAUAAAAAUUUUUAAGAAGAAAUACGUAACAUACAUUAAAAAGUUUGCAUGUGAAAAUCUUAAUAAGUAAAUAAAUAUUUUUAAAAAUCACCUACUUUGGGGGACUGGGGCUUUGGCUCAGCAGCAGCACACUUGCCUGGCAUGUGUUAGGCACUGGGUUCGAGUCUUAGCACCACGUAUAAAUAAAAUAAAGGUCUAUCAACAACUAAAAAUAUAAAAAAGAAAUUAACCAAUUUUGGACUAUUAACUUUUUUCAAUAUAACAUUUUCACCCCAAAACAUACUAAAUAUAAGAAAUAUUUCAUUUGUUACAGGGACUAAUAUUUAUUUAUUGAGUUUUUAAUUUGGUUUCUUCCUGGCAAAGAAAACCAAAACCCAGAGAAAUCAAGAAAUGUGCAGAUGAUCACACAGCUUAUGUGGGAGAGAAAAUGGGAACUGAAUUCUCAAUUUGGUCUAACGAGAAAGUUUAUAUUCUUAUCCUCAUACCACUUCUAUUGGCUCUGAUUGUAGUUGACAUUCUACUUCAUAUAUCGUGGUUUUUCAUGUUGCUACAAGCCUUCAAAACUUAUUUGUUCAUUUAUUUUUUGGUAUUGGGGAUCAAACCUAGGGUUUCACAUAAUGGCAAGUACAUGCUUUAUCACUGAGAAUAGUCUACAUACCAUUCUCCUAUUAUGAGUACCUACAUUCCUCCCAAAUCAUUUUGUCAUUAAAAGGAAUUCUGAAACAAGUUGCAUCAUGUUGACAUAAAGCAGUAAUUCUAGAAGGAGGGGCAGGCUCUUCUCCUUUGAUAUUACCAGAAAUCUUAAUAUGCAUCACUCUUCGCUUCCCCAUGUCUCUGCUCUCAUUUGCUCCUCCUUAUUCUGCUCUUAGGAAAGAAGCUUCUAAUUUCUCACUAUUAAAUAUAAUGUUAGCCAUAAGAUUUUUUGUUCUUUAUUAAGUUGAGGAAGUUCCUCUUUGUUCUGAGUUUGCUGAGAAUUUUUAGAAUGAAAGGGUAUUGGGUAUUGUGAGCACUUGCAUUUUGAAAUGAUGUGAAACACAUGCAACAUCCAGAAGGAUAUUGGGAAGGUGGAUGGAUUUAGGGAUCAUGUAGGAGAGAUGACUGGGCUGGAGAAAGCAAGGAAUUGACAUAUCUACAAUGUUUGAGUCUAGGCCAUGAAUGUGAUUGCCAGAAAAGUAUUUAUAGUCGUUGGUCAGUUAAUGGGCCAACUUUGACAAAAGCAUGUAAAACUGCAUGGUAAAUACCUGUGAAUUUUAAGUGUAUGAUCCUGAAGCUGUCCUAACUCACACCUUAUAACAAAUACUAUUGGUUGUCUACUACCUUAGGCACUUACCUUGUACUCUCUGGUUAUUACAUUUAAUUCUUCAGCUUUCAAGGUGAGUACCAGUAAUCCCAUUAUCCAGAUUGAGAAAACUGAUAAUAUCACCCAGAUCAGACAGCUCAUAAAGCGGAGAAUAUAAACUGAUAUCUGGGUGAUAUUGUCCCCACACUGUCAGUGUUUGGACAUUGUCGGGGAGGAAGGGGACGAAGUCAAACUGCAGGGACUCUGUGAAGAGAAUAUCGGCUGCAUCUCCUGCUCUGCAUCCCCUGGCAUGGCCUAAGGCUCAGCAUGACUCCCACCAGGAGGGGAAAGAUUUCAUGGCACAAAGCACCUAGCCUCACUGGGAGGAAAGCUACAGGUGGAAAGCAAGAAUUCAGGCAAUGGUUUCAGAGCUGGAAGAACAAUUGCCGUCCAUGGGCCCUGGCCUCACACACCCCUAAGACUAUGGCUUAUGACAACCUUAGAAUGUACUCAGUCCUAGGAUGGACUGAGCCUGAGUGCUGCUUUACAGAAUUUGAAUAAUUUAGAUCCCAACAGCCUGAGGUGUCAGUUUCAAUUGCUGUUUCCAUGGGCACAGGUGCCCCAACCGUGUAAGCUAAUAAAAAGGGCAAGGAGGGAGGGGCCACUAUCCUAUGCCUCAGAACCCUCAGGGUGAUAACAUUCCUACUCCUGGUUCUGCUGGGAGAUCAACAAACUCACCUAGAGUUCAGGUGCAAAGAACAGAGGACAGAAGUCAGGGGGGACUGAAACAAAAGGAGAAAGGGAGAGAGGAAAGGGGCAGAGAAAGAGCAGAGUCAGGGAGGCAGAGGGACCAAGAUGGUUACAGAAGAAAAGGAAAUUGAGAGAUUAGAAGUAAAUAGUUACAGAGCAUAGAAAGGGAGAGUGACUUAAGGCCAGAAGAGGUAAGAACCAGCAAAGAAGGAAAAAACAGGUGCCAAGGGCCACACACUAACAUAGUAGGGCAGGUAUGAAUCAGAAGGUCAGAUAACUAAAAGGACCACAGAGCUCCCCAGAGGGUAGGUGGACAUAAGAGUUCUCAGUCUUUUUCUGAUUUUCAGGUACUGUCCACACCAUUCUUGCUGGCUGUGCCUGAUGCUGUCCUAGGUCUGGCUAGUGACCUGCCCCACCUCUGGCUGUAACAGGGCCAUGGAGACCUGGAGUCACCACCUCUGCCUGGGCCUUCUGCUCCUGCUCCUGCUCUCGGCAGAGUGCUUGGGAGCUGAGGGCAGGCUGGCUCACAAGCUGUUCCGUGACCUCUUCGCCAACUACACAAGUGCCCUCAGACCUGUGGCAGACACAGACCAGACUCUGAAUGUGACCUUGGAAGUGACAUUGUCCCAGAUCAUCGAUAUGGAUGAACGGAACCAGGUGCUGACCCUGUACCUGUGGAUCCGGCAGGAAUGGACGGAUGCCUACCUACAAUGGGACCCCAAUACCUAUGGUGGCCUGGAUUCCAUCCGCAUCCCCAGUAUUCUUGUGUGGCGUCCAGACAUCGUGCUCUAUAACAAGGCUGACGCACAACCAUCGGCAUCCGCCAGCACGAAUGUGGUUGUGCGGCAUGAUGGCGCAGUGCGCUGGGAUGCCCCGGCCAUCACGCGCAGCUCAUGCCGCGUAGACGUGUCAGCCUUCCCAUUCGACGCUCAGCGCUGCGGACUGACGUUCGGCUCAUGGACACAUGGUGGGCAUCAGCUGGAUGUGCGGCCUCGUGGCGCCGCCGCCAGCCUGGCUGACUUCGUGGAAAACGUGGAGUGGCGUGUGCUGGGCAUGCCGGCGCGGCGGCGUGUGCUCACCUAUGGCUGUUGCUCAGAGCCCUAUCCCGAUGUGACCUUCACGCUGCUGCUGCGCCGCCGCGCCGCCGCCUAUGUGUGCAACCUGCUGCUUCCCUGCGUGCUCAUCUCGCUGCUUGCGCCACUCGCCUUCCACCUACCAGCUGAUUCGGGAGAGAAGGUGUCACUCGGGGUCACCGUGCUGCUGGCGCUCACCGUCUUCCAGCUGCUCCUGGCUGAGAGUAUGCCGCCAGCCGAGAGCGUGCCACUUAUCGGGAAGUACUACAUGGCCACUAUGACCAUGGUCACAUUCUCGACAGCACUUACCAUCCUUAUCAUGAAUCUGCAUUACUGUGGUCCCAGUGCCCGCCCAGUACCAGCCUGGGCUAGGGUCCUCCUGCUAGGACACCUGGCAAGGGGCCUGUGUGUGCGAGAACGAGGGGAACCCUGUGGACAGCCCAGGCCACCGGAGCCAGUCCCCAGCCCCCAGCUGCCUGCUGGCCCCCCAGCAGGGCCUUGCCAUGAGCCACAUUGUCUGUGUAGGCAGGAAGCCCUAUUACACCAUGUAUCCACCAUUGCCAGCACCUUCCGCAGCCACAGGGCUGCCCAGCGCCGCCGUGAAGACUGGAAGCGCCUGGCACGUGUGAUGGACCGCUUCUUCCUGGGAAUCUUCUUUUCCAUGGCUCUGGUCAUGAGUCUUCUGGUGCUGGUACAGGCCCUGUGAGGAGCUGGGACGGGGUCCCAGAAAGCAUCCAUAGCCACA